UCCAAACUCCACUCGACGACCCUUUAGCACAACCAUGAGCAGUCUCCAUGAUCCAAGAGCACACUUCAUUUUGGUCCCUCUAGUGGCCCAAGGCCACGCGAUCCCCAUGCUCGACAUGGCCCGUCUCCUCGCCGAGCGUGGAGCACGUGUCAGCUUCAUCACCACUCCCGUCAACGCCGCUCGGAUCGAGGCCAUCAUCGACCAGGUGAAGGAAUCGCACCUACCGAUCCAAUUCGUCAUCCUUCCCUUCGCAUGCGCGAAAGCCGGCUUGCCCGAUGGAUGCGAGAGCUUCGACCUCCUCCCUUCCAUUGAAUACACCAAGGCCAUGUUCGAAGGCACACGCGUGCUUCAAGAACCCCUGGAGCUCUUCCUCCGAGAGCUACGUCCCAAGCCCAGCUGCUUGAUCGCCGACAUGUGCAACCCGUGGACCAUGGAGGUUGCUCGCAAGCUCCGGAUACCGAGAAUCGUCUUCCAUGGGCCCUCCUGCUUCUACCUCCUUUGCGUACACAACAUGGCCAUGCACGGCAUCUUCGAGCGAGUCCCCGAUGAGUUCGAGCCCUUCCUCGUCCCCGACUUGCCUUGCCGGGUCGAGGUGAACAAAGCCCAGGCGCUGGGGUUCGCCACCGGGCCUGAGUGGGCCAACUUUAUGCAGGAGAUGGUGGUGGCGGAGUCCACAGCUGAUGGCAUUGUGAUAAAUAGCUAUGACGACCUGGAGCCUUGGCACAUCAGGAGCUAUCAGAAGGCCAAGGGGAAGAAGAAGGUUUGGUCCAUCGGACCGCUGUGUCUCUGCAACAAGGAUGUGACGAGGAAAGCGACGAGAGGGAACAAGGCGUCCAUGGACGAGCAUAUUAUUACAAAAUGGCUGGAAACCAUGGAGCCAGGGUCUGUUAUCUAUGUUAAUUUUGGCAGUUCUGCACGCACGCGCCCUUCGCAGCUUAUUGAGAUCGGGUGCGGUCUGCAGGCGUCGAACCGGCCAUUCGUGUGGGUGAUCAAGGGGGUGGAAUUAACCCCCGAGAUAGAGAAUUGGCUGUCCGGGGGAUUCGAGGAGAGCACCAGCUCGAGAGGUCUUAUAAUUAGAGGGUGGGCUCCGCAGAUGGUGAUCUUGUCGCACCCGGCGGUCGGAGGAUUUUUGACGCAUUGUGGGUGGAAUUCGAUACUGGAAUCGAUCUCAGCAGGCGUGCCGAUGAUGACAUGGCCUCAGUUUUCAGAUCAAUUCUUGAAUGAGAAAUUAAUUGUGGACGAAUUGAGAAUUGGCGUGGCUGUUGGAGUGAAGGUGCCCAUGAGCCAUGUAACUGACGAUGGUCGUGUAAUGGUACAGAGAGAGGAUGUAGAGAAAGCGGUGUCGAGGUUGAUGGAUGGAGGGGAGAAUGGUGAAGAUAGAAGAAUGAGGGUCAGGGAGCUGCAGGAGAAAGCUAUGAAGGCAAUGGAAGGAGGAGGGUCAUCCUAUGUGAACAUGACACGCUUGAUCCAGUAUAUCAUGGAGCAUACAAAUAAGGAACUCUAGAUCGGUUUUGUGGGAGCUGCACUGUUUCAAGAUAUAUGCUUGUUUGUUAUAUAUAUGUGUAUGCUACAGCUUUUAUUUUGUUCGCAUUAUUUAGCUAUAUAUGGUUGUCCACCGAUAAGUGCAGCACUAAUCGGAGCUUUUUCCCCCCAUUUUUGUUGUAGAGUAGAUAGGGAGCUGCAUGUCUUGAAGCCUAAUUUAGCAGGUAAGAACUUGAAGCCUAAGGCUGUUCUUGGAUGAAGAAAAAUUUUGAAGAGAUAAGGGUGAAUCAUAUGAUGUACUGUAAAGGAGUAACGAUUUGGUGUUUGGUUGAAAAGGAUAAGU